AGAAAAAUAAAAUAAAAGAGGGAGGAAAGGCAACUCCUUGGACAUAUUCUUCCUCCCACCCCAGCCGAGGUCGUCUAGCUGGAGAGCUGGAGACCCAUUCUCCUGCGUGGCACAAGUCUGCUCUUUUCUUUCGGCUGCAAAUUCCGACUGACGGCGGAGAUAAGUCCGAGGAAAUCGGUUCUCAUCACGAGCCGGGGCGGCUCGGCGGGGAUACAGAGCCCGUGGUGGCUGAAUGGCAUAAGGCAAAAAAAGGAUUUUCAUUCAUUUUCAGCCGCUCAGCCACCACCCCUGUGGAUCUGGACGUGUUUUCUGCUCUCCCUUUACCACCACCUCCUCCUCUUCCUCCUCCUCAUCCUCCUCUUCGUACACACUCACUGACCCGGGGGAUUCUCGUGAGCGACACUGGCUUUAAUUUAUUAUGGUGGUGAAAUCUCCCAUUUUUCAACGUUUAGCCUGAUAUCUGUCUUGUUUUGUUAGCGGGCCUGAACGCACCGCACGCGCACCGCUGUUUUCAAGAGAUGGAGAACGAAGAUGGGGAUUACCAUCAUUUAUCCAGUAAAAUCACCGGCUUGUGUGCCAUACCAGACAACGUCAAUGUACCCGGUGACUGGCAAAAAUAGCAGACUGUUUUAGUCCCCUUUCCCCCCUAAAGGAAUUCCCUCUUCUGACCAUCUUGUAUAUAUUUAUUUAUGAUUUUGGAGCCAAUACAGGUAGACAGCCGACCACGCACUUGGAGGAAACCAGAGAGUAGCCUUUAGGGCUCUCUCUCUCUCUCCUUUUUUCAAUUUACAAUUUUAAUCUUGGUUGUCGUUUCUGGAACAUUUUUUUUAAUUCAAGCUUUCUAGUUGCUUACAUUUUUGUAUUUUUUGUAUUCCUUUUUUUUUUUUUUUUAAUUUCACGAGGAAAAUAAUGUUCAGGAUCGUAAGAUCAAGCACACCGAUGGGGAGCCCUGCCUUGUUUUGGGGUCUGAUGCUGUCUUUCUCCACUUUCUGCAUGUGGUCCACAUAUGGAGAGAUCUGUGGUCCAAGUAUUGACAUCCGAAAUGACAUCACUGAAUUCAAGCGUCUGGAGAACUGCACUGUGGUGGAGGGCUACCUGCACAUCCUCCUCAUCUACGACAAGACCAACAACGUCAACCAGGAGGUCUUCCGCUCCCUCAGCUUCCCCAAACUCACCGUCAUCACGGACUACCUGCUGCUGUUUCGCGUCUCGGGCCUGGACAGCCUGAGCACGCUCUUUCCCAACCUCAGCGUCAUCCGGGGGCGCAAUCUCUUCUACAACUACGCCCUGGUGAUCUACGAGAUGACCAGCCUGAAGGACAUCGGCCUGUACAACCUGAGGAACAUCACGCGGGGCGCCAUGCGAAUCGAGAAGAACCCCGAGCUGUGCUACCUGGACUCCGUGGACUGGUCUCUCAUCAUGAAUUCGGAGUUCAACAAUAUUAUCAAUGGGAAUAAGAAGGCAAAGGAGUGCGACAACGUGUGCCCCGGCAUCAUGGAGGAUAACCCUCUCUGUCAGAGGACGUCCUUUAACGACAACACCGACUAUCGCUGCUGGACCUCCAACCAGUGCCAGAAAGUUUGCCCGGCGCACUGCAAGCUCGCCUGCACCGACCGAGGGGAGUGCUGCCACAGCCAGUGCCUGGGCAGCUGCACCGAGCCCCACAACGACAUGGCCUGCGCCGGCUGCCUGCACUACUACCACGAGGGCCGCUGCGUGCCCGACUGCCCCCCAGACACCUACAAGUUCGAGGGCUGGCGCUGCAUCACCAUGGAGCUGUGCUCUCAGGUGCACCUGCCCAGCGACACGCACUUUGUCAUCCACGGCGGAGAAUGCAUGCCGGACUGUCCCUCUGGUUUCACCCGCAACGACUCCAAUCGUAUGCUCUGCAGCGCUUGCAACGGCCUGUGCGAUAAGUUCUGCACGUCCCCCGUCAUUGACUCUGUGGACGCCGCGCAGUCCCUGAAGGACUGCACCGUCAUCGAAGGCAACCUGGACAUCAACAUCCGCCGCGGAAACGACAUUGCGUCUGAACUGGAGAGCUUCAUGGGAUUGAUCCAGACAGUGAGGGGCUAUGUGAAGAUUCGACACUCCCAUGCUCUUGGCUCGCUGUCCUUCCUCAAGGGUCUGCGUUACAUCGAUGGGCAGGAACUUAUCGACAACACGUACUCCUUCUCCGCCAUCAACAACCAGAACCUGCAGUACUUGUGGGACUGGAGUCAGCACAACCUGACAGUUCGUGCUGGACGUCUUUUCUUUCGCCGAAACCCAAAACUGUGCUUGUCUGAGAUUCACACAAUGUGGGACAAGACCGGCAUAGCGGUGAAGCCCGAGGAGGGGGACUUCCGCAACAACGGCGAAAGAGCCAGCUGUGAGAGCCAUAUGCUGAAGUUUAAGUCCAACAUCACAUCUAGUUACACAAUCAGGCUGACAUGGGAGCGCUACCAGCCAGUGGAGUACGCAGACCUCAUCAGCUUCAUCGUCUACUACAAAGAGUCCCCUUUCCAGAACAUCACAGAGUUUGACGGCCAGGACGGCUGUGGCUCAAACAGCUGGCAUAUGGUCGACGUCGAUCUCCCUCAGGAUGAAAAGACUGACCCCAAAGUCAGUCUUCAGCACCUCAAGCCCUGGACUCAGUAUGCUAUAUUUGUAAAGGCCAUCACCCUGCAGGUGGAUCACAAACACAUUUCUGGGGCAAAAAGUGAUAUCAUUUACAUUCGCACACGCCCAUCACUUCCAUCUAUGCCCAACGAUGCCCGUGCAUUCGCCAACUCCUCUACAAAGCUGGUGGUGAAGUGGUCACCUCCUGUCUUUCCCAACGGCAAUCUGACUUACUAUCUGAUCCGCUGGCAGCAGCAGCCUGAAGACAGAGAGCUCUACCAACACAACUACUGCUCCAAAGAGCUGAAGAUCCCCAUCCGGAUCCCCGCCACGGGGCUCACAGACAUGGAGGACAGCACCAAGCCCACCAAGUCGGACCUGGCGGGGGCGGAGAAGGGUCCGUGCUGCGCUUGCCAGAAGACACCGGAGGAGCAGGAUCGGGAGAAGGAAACCCGAGUCUUCUUGAAAGUUUUUGAGAACUUCCUCCACAACGCCAUCUUCGUGCCGAGACCUCCAGACCGACGCCGCAGAGACGUGUUUGGCAUCGCAAACAACACCCUGUAUUACGAGGGCGGUCGAGGGAACACCACUUUGGGCCCGGGGGACAACAACACAGACGGCAUCCCCCCGAUUAAAGAGUACCCCUUCUUAGAGGACAAGAGCACAUCAGAGGUUCUGGAGAUCCAUAACCUUCGACCGUUCACUGUCUACCGCAUUGACAUCCACGCCUGUAACGAGGAGGUGGGCCGCUGCAGCGCCGGAGCCUUCGUCUUCUCCAGAACCAAACCUGCAGGUGAGAAUCAAACACACACACACAAAAAAAAGGUUGAGUAUGGAAAUGUGGUGUGGUCUGUUCACACACUUUGUCUUUCUGCGCUUGUUGUGAUUUUGUUGCGUAUUUGUUUCGCAGUCAAAGCGGACGACAUCCCCGGGAAGGUGAUCUAUGAAAGUCACGAUAAGGUGGAUGGCUGCGUGGUGCUGCACUGGCCCGAGCCCGUCAUGCCCAACGGGCUCAUCCUCAUGUACGAGAUCAAAUACCGCCUCGAGACCGAGCCGGAGAAACACGGGUGUGUGUCGCGGCAGCACUAUCGCGAGUACAGAGGAGCUCGGCUGACCAACCUGAGCUCGGGAAACUACACCGCUCGCGUGCGCGCCACCUCCCUGGCAGGAAACGGCUCCUGGACGGAGAGCGUGUCUUUCUACGUCCCUCCACCAACACGAGAAGAUAAAGUCACCUUCUACUUGGUCAUCAUAAUCCCCAUUUUGGUGGCACUUUUAAUUGCCAGCCUCAUUGCCAUUCUCUUCGUCGUCAGCAAGAAAAGGAGUAACGACAGACUGGGGAACGGAGUCCUUUAUGCGUCUGUCAAUCCGGAGUACAUCAGCGCCGCUGAGAUGUACGUCCCGGACGAGUGGGAGGUGCCCCGAGAGAAGAUCACCAUGCACAAGGAGCUGGGCCAGGGCUCCUUCGGCAUGGUGUACGAAGGCCUCGCCAAGGGAGUGGUCAAAGAUGAGCCUGAGACCAGAGUGGCCAUCAAGACGGUCAACGAGUCGGCCAGCAUGCGGGAGAGGAUUGAGUUCCUGAACGAAGCUUCUGUCAUGAAGGAGUUCAACUGUCACCACGUGGUGCGGCUGCUGGGCGUGGUCUCUCAGGGACAGCCAACCUUGGUGAUUAUGGAGCUGAUGACCCGCGGAGAUCUCAAGAGUCACCUGCGCUCCCUGCGCAAAGAAAACUCCACCAGCCAGGUCCUACCGCCUCUCAAAAAGAUGAUCCAGAUGGCCGGGGAGAUCGCCGAUGGCAUGGCGUACCUAAACGCCAACAAAUUUGUCCACCGAGAUCUGGCUGCCCGGAACUGCAUGGUGGCGGAGGACUUCACUGUUAAGAUUGGAGAUUUUGGCAUGACCAGAGAUAUUUAUGAGACGGAUUACUACCGAAAAGGAGGGAAGGGCCUGCUGCCUGUCCGCUGGAUGUCUCCCGAGUCGCUCAAAGACGGCGUGUUCACUACAAUGUCUGACGUUUGGUCAUUCGGAGUCGUACUUUGGGAGAUCGCCACCUUAGCAGAGCAGCCUUAUCAGGGCAUGUCCAACGAACAAGUGCUUCGCUUCGUCAUGGAGGGAGGACUCCUGGACAAACCUGACAACUGCCCUGACAUGCUGUUUGAGCUGAUGAGGAUGUGCUGGCAGUACAACCCCAAGAUGCGCCCGGCCUUCCUGGAGAUCAUCAGCAGCAUCAAAGACGAACUGGACCCCCCCUUCAGGGAAAUGAGCUUCUUCUACAGCGAGGAGAACAAGCCGCCGGACACCGAGGAGCUGGACAUGGAGGUGGAGAACAUGGAGAACAUUCCACUGGAUCCUGCGUCCACGCGGCAGCCGUGCGCCGCCGUCGUGGUUUCCUCGCCUGGGUGCGCGGGCGCCACGCCGCCGGCGCCGCCUCCCAGCGCCCAGCAGUUAUCCCCAAUGCAAGGCCCGGGCACGCCGCUCCUGGGACCUGUCUCCCCCUCCCCCCCGGGCCCGGCCGCCGCCUCCGCCCUGGCGUCCCCGGGGCAAGCCUUGGACAAGCACUCAGGACACGUCUCGGCCAACGGGCCCGUGGUGGUACUGCGGCCGAACUUUGACGAGAUCCAACCCUAUGCACACAUGAACGGGGGCAGGAAGAACGAGCGGGCGCUGCCGCUGCCCCAGUCAUCGGCCUGCUGAUAUCAGACCAGCCCCCCCCCCCCUCAACCCCCCCUCCUCCUCUGACACAGGGUAACUCAAACCUCUCCUCUCUCCCUUUCCGAGGGAUGGACGAGGUAAGAAAUACUUUCUUCUACUGUGUGCCAGUAGACGGUGUCUCCACUCCUUUAACACAAACUCCCAAAAAAGAAAAGAAAAAAAGAGAGAGAGAGAAAGCAGAGACAAGAUAAAGCAUUUGGAGUUUUGUGGCUCAGACUCAACACUGGGGAACUCCAUCCUGCACAGCCUGGAUUUCAGUUUCUGUUGCAUAAAAGUCCUACAAGAAGGAAAAAAAAAUACAGGCAUGUGUCCUGACUUACAGAUUUCUCUCAUGAACUUCAAGAAAAUCAUGUUUUGUUUUAUUUUAUUUUUUAUUUUUUUUAGCAUAUCUGCCAGCAAAACCAACAGAAGAGCACUUUUUCCUGAUGAUUUCAGAGGACCUGGUGGAUAUUUUAGUGUAUAUUUAUACGAAACACACCAUUCUCUCCACAUACGGUAUAGCUCCAUUUCUAACAUGACUUUCCAAGAAAAUGACUUUGUUACUUUGAGCCGAACGGCUCAGGUCGUGUGAGGAUGCCUCUAUUAGUAAGUUUGGACUACGAUCAUCGUUUUCAUUUUGCUAUCGAUAUUUUGUAUGAGAUCCCGUCGGGUGUGGGUCAGAAUGGUUGGAGGGUUUUGUAUCUGCCAAACUGUUGCCAAAUCGAGCUUUUCCCUUCAGUUUCAUGCAGGUGUCGCUUCUCGUCGAAGGCUGUGAUUCAGAGUUAGUGAGUCUGUCUGGACAAUGUCACCACAACAGUCCGGUUGCUCUUUGGUUUCAGGGUGAAACGCCGCUGCUAUCACUUAUUUUUAUCAUUAUUAAAUUAUUAAACAUUAUCAGAAUGAAAUUUGAAAUAAUUCAUGACAAGUAACCACUAGGUUGAUCAUCCAGUUGUUUGGGAACAUAAUUAAUUUAUUUAGUAUCCCUAUUUGUGGCAUAUAAUUGGGAUUUUCUGUAAAGCAGUGGUUUUCAAAAUGUGGAGCGAGUUCUCUUCUGGGGUCACCGGAGAGCUUCAGGGAGGGUCAAGUAGCAGGAAAGAUCUGAAGGUCGGAGGAAUGCCUUUAACUGAACAUGGAAUUUUUUUUUACAGUUUUGAGAAGAAAUCAUGAUAAAAGAAAGAAAUGAAAAGAUGAAUAAGUUUGACUUUACUGUGCGAACUCUGAAUCACAGCCUCUGUCUGUCGUUUCUUCGGUCAAAAGCAGAAACGAAACACUGAAAAACAUCGAAGCGUCAGAAGUCUCACCCUGCAGUACGCCCAACGUCACAGUCACACCCGUAUAUAACGCUUUCUCCACUUUGAUGUCCUCAACCCCUAUUUUUGUAAAGUUUUUUUUCCAGCGUUUGUUUUCACGUGGAGGAAAUGAACGCCGUUCGCUGAUACUGCUGUUUAAAUUAAAUGGCACCAAAUAAACACCGCGGCAAACCUGAGACAUGGAGAGGACAAGCUGGAAGACGACGCUCGGUUCACAGGAGGUCUCUUUUAGAAUAUAGGCUUUUGUUUCUUGCUACUUCGAACACAUAUAAAGGUCUUACAGUUGUAUUUUUGACUGCAGGAUCGUUUUUAUACACAUCAUUGGUUUUGUCACUUUUUUAAAACCUUUUUAAUGGUUCAAAUGUUUGCCUCUAUGUCUGUACAGAACAAAGCUGCUAUUUUAUUCUUUUUCUCUUACACACACACACACACACACACACACACACAUACAAACACACACACACACUUCAGGUUUCAGGUUUGGUAUUCUAUGGUCUCCACUAGUCCAUUUCUAAAAGUCCUCCAACUUUGUUAAAAAAAAAAAAAAAAAAAAAAUUCAACAAAAAGUUUCCCCAAGAGGUAUUCUGUAACACUACUUUUUUUUCAUUGCCUUUUGUUUUUAUGAAAUGUUACUUUCUGUAUUUGUUGUGUGGAUGUCUAUAUUAUUAUUAAUAUUAUUAUUAUUAAUAUUAUUAUUAUUAUUAUUUGGAAUGGACACCUUAGCUCUCUGUGUGAGCGUGUACUUUCUGCACCCUUUUUGUACGUGUCGUCUCGCACUGCGCCCGGCGUUGCCCUCUCGGCGCGACUCGAUCUCAGGUCAAAAGUCAAGGCUUUGCUUUUCUCCACACAUUCUCAUAAUCAUCCUGUACUCGUCUCACUUUACUCGUCAACCCGCCUUUUGUCCAGCCCGCCGUAUCAGGUUGUGUUACCCCCCCACCCUCCACCCCACCCUUCCCCCCAGUGCCUCCUCUUGAAGUCAGGAUUAGUUCCAGUCCACAAGAUAUUUUACUUUUACACCAGAUCUGGCAUUUUAACCCAUCUGUUUCCUGCCUCUUCUCGAGUCAAUAGGGCCAAUUUGGGUUGUCUUGUUUGCCUUAAUCAUGCCAGCUAUCUUUUCAUGUUUGUUUCUUUUUGUCCCCCCCCCCCCCCCCCCUCAAAUCGCUAAAGCACAACACAACGAACACUUUUUCUGUUAACAUCACUUCCUCCAACAGAGAACGCCCACUUCAAAUUUAUUGUUCGUCUACAUAAUCAUUGCUUGUGAAAAAAAAAAACCAAAUAAAGGAUGGGUUAAAGUCCAGUGAAGGGAACAGAUUUCAAUGUCAUGAAUGGAAAGGUCUUAAAACGGCUGAAUAGUGAAAGUGUUUUGAAGGAUUUGUCCUCAUGUUGCCUGGUGAUUUUUUUUUUUCCUUUUAUUUCAAAGUUUUUUUUUUCUGUAGGAGUGUUAUUUAUUUAUUUUUUUAAAUUUUCCUUUUUUUUUGUGAUAUCAGUUUAAAUCACUGUAUAAAUGCCCCUUUGAUUCAGUAUAAAGUUGGAUUUUUUUGUAUGCAUUUUCUUUGGUGUCAUGACUGGGGGACUUCAACCCGUUUUUAUUUUUCCCUUCGAGCAUUUAUCUACCUCACUCUUUUUAAAUGCAUGUAUGGAAAAAAUAAAUACAUCUCACUCUUUCCCAUCAUUAACCUCACCCAGAAUGAAACCCACAGGGAUCUAGAUGAACCUCACAAAGCAGAGUAGGCCAUGAGAUGGAGGAAGAAUUGAGUCCAGCAUGUUCAAUUAAGGCCCAAAGUCUUUUGGAAAUUAAAAAAAUAAAGAGUUUAUAUAUCACAGAUUAUAAAGAAACAGGACAGUGAGUUGUAUAACAUUGAUAGUAGCUUCCAAUACAGUAUAUUGAUGGAGGAUAUUUAUGUGGGGAACGCUAUGUAAAAGAGUAAACUUAUACUGUAUUUUUACCAAAUGGUGACGGUCUUUUCAGACUUACAAUACAGUUUAAAAUCAGACAGCUAGGAAUAAUCAUUAAAUCCAUCUCCACUCAUUUUUUAACCUUUAAUGUUACAAACUUAACUCCUUGAAAGAUAAAAAUCUUAAACGUUUUGUGCAAAAUCCUAUUACAUAAAUGUAAAAAAAGAAAAGCUUUUCAGGAAAUAUUUAAAAGGGAAAUGUUCAUCUUCACAACACCACAUUUGAAAAGCUGUUAAUCAACAGCACCACAUUUACACAUUAGGUUUAUUCUGUACGAACUGAUGGUCUUUAUGUUUCAAAAAACAACUACAUUGGAUCAAUACUGAGAGUCUAACUUGGAUGCUUCUAUACUUUUGACAAAAUGCGAUCGAGGAGAAUACAGCAGCUCCUGAAAGGACAAUUUCAAUGGUAAAGACAAGGCAGCAGGAAUAAUACUGUCGUCAAGAUGGUUGGUUUUGUUGAUUUGUAUCAUCGUGAACUCAAGAUUGUCUUUGUUUCUCCUGUGUGAGUCGAUCUGGUGAAUGCCACGACCUCCUGGCUCCACUAAAACCCAGCGUGGAUCUUUAAAUGACCAUCUUAGCCUUGCGAGCCCUUUCCUGGCCUCCGAACACGUGCUGCUGCCGGUUCAGUCACAUGACUGGAUCCUCGAUACAUGCAUCUCAAAAAAAUUUGAAUACAGUGGAAACAUUCAUUUUGUAAGUCAUUAACUUGAAACAGUGAACCUUUUUAUAUAUUUUGGAUUCAUCACAAAAAAAAACUCAAUCAUUUCAGAUCUUUUUUAAUUUUAUCAUUUCACUUUAUGACUGAUAAAAUUCAACAUCACAUUUUUUCAAAAUAGAAUAUUUCAUCAAGCAUUUUUGGUAUUUUUUUUAACUGGAGGCUAUAAAUAUCACAAUUUGUGUACUUUAUGUUAACAGUGUAGAAAGAAAAUGAAGAAAAACAAUUGACUUUUUCAAUUUUUUUUUAGAUGCACCUGUACUGUCAAUGAAUAUGUUACACAGAAGAAGCUUCUACAUCUCCGAUUCUCUCAUCAAACCUCGGCUCUGCCUGUCACCCACAGUGACUGCGUGAAGUAUGAUUUCUCUGUGGUCGAGCUGGUUAAAACCUGUUAAAAAAAAUGUAAUUCUAAAGGCAAUAAUAAUAACAUGCAUGUGGGGAACUUCUGAUGUGAAAAAUCGGUGCUAUGUUUGAGCAGGAUUUAGGGUUUAAAUAACAAUCAAAUAGAACAGUCAGAGUGCUGCUGAAUACUGACAUAGAAAUCACCACUGACGAGCGAGCGGCUUGAGUAGUUACUGAACAUAUCUGUGCAUUUCUAGUCUUUCCAGUUUGGAUGCAUCAUCGUGACAUUUGACUUCUGAGAGUCGACCUUUGACAUGUUGUUGGGAAAAACUGUUGAACUACUAUAGUUUACUAUUAGAAAACACCCCAAACCUGUCAAAGCUUCAGCAUUUUGCAAUGAAACACACUGCGUAGGACGGGGAUGUUGCGUAGAUUACGGGUAGUCAUGGUAACCAGUAGACAACAUGUUUAGCAAGAACUGAUAGUUUGGAACGUCACAGCUGGCUGCUUGCUCCGCAUCACUUUUAGACCUCCGGCGUAAAUACAUAGCGACCCGCGUCGCCACCUUCAUCCUUUUGACUCUUCAGAAUGUUUCUUGGUUGCAGACUUCAGGCUGAUGGAGGAUGCACCAGUGCAUUCACACUGCAAUAAGUUUGAAGUCGAUCAUUCUCAUGCCUCUGUGUUUAUGAUUUGCAUUCCUAUACCUUCUGAAGGGGGCCUUGGUCUACUACUAUUUUACUUUCAAUGCUUUCACAAAAAUCUGUGUUCAUUACUUGAUGAUUGAGGAAAGAAAUAAUCAAAAAAUACAAAAAAAAAAAAAAAAAAAAUCACUAGACUGUCUUCUUU